UCACUCAUCCGUGUGCCGACACUGCCAUAGUGCCAUGGUCAGAAUUUAGACAGCCAAAGUUUCAGACAAAUGCAGUGUUACCACCAACGCCUUUAAAUAAUUGUUACGUCUCCCUUUGGUUGAGGAGAACGGUCAACGGGCGGAGCCUCCUUGAACCAGUUGGUUCUCUCCUUUUUCUCUGAUUUUUUUCUUCAAUUUCUUAGAGAUCAAACAGAGAGAGAUCUAGAGAGAGAGAGAGAGAGAGAAGAGAAACAGAGAUGAGCACUCUUAAUCCGAAUUCAGUAGGAGUUCUUCAGGGAGACUAUGUAGAGGGUCCCCAGUCUCCUGCAGUCGAACCUCACCAGCAGAAGGAACUCGAUGCCGGAGCUCUCUUCGUUCUCAAAUCCAAAGGAUCAUGGCUACACUGCGGCUACCACUUGACGACAUCAAUCGUGGCUCCGCCUCUUCUGAGUCUUCCAUUCGCGCUGGCCUCGCUGGGUUGGGUCGCCGGAGUUCUGUCUCUGAUCAUAGGAGCCAUGGUGACGUUCUACUCUUACAAUCUCAUCUCACUGGUUCUGGAACACCAUGCCCACAAGGGCCACCGUCACCUUCGAUUCAGGGACAUGGCCACUGACAUUCUGGGGCCAAGAUGGGGUAGAUAUUAUGUGGGCCCAAUUCAGUUUCUGGUCUGCUAUGGUGCUGUUGUUGGAUCCACCCUCCUGGGAGGUCAGUGCAUGAAGACAAUCUACCAGAUUUCAACACCAGAUGGAAGCAUGAAGCUGUACCAGUUCGUAGUCAUAUUUGGAUGCUUUAUGCUGCUGCUGGCUCAAGUCCCAUCGUUUCACUCGCUGAGGCACAUCAACCUCAUUUCCUUGGUUCUCUGUCUUGCCUACAGCACCUGUGCCACGGCCGGCUCCAUCUACAUAGGGGAUUCCUCCAAAGGCCCAACCAAAGAUUAUUCAUUGAACAGCGAUGGAACAAAUCGUCUCUUCGGUAUCUUCAAUGCCAUCGCCAUCAUCGCCACCACGUUCGGGAAUGGAAUCAUCCCCGAGAUACAGGCAACGUUGGCACCUCCGGUGAAGGGCAAGAUGUUCAAGGGACUGUCUGUCUGUUACGCGGUGGUGAUCGUCACCUUCUUCAGCGUUGGCAUCUCCGGCUACUGGGCGUUCGGCAAUCAAGCAGAGGGAACCGUUCUCAGCAACUUCUUGGACAACGGCAAGCCUUUGGUGCCCAAGUGGUUCCUUAUGAUGACCAAUAUCUUCACUCUCCUGCAACUAUCAGCUGUUGGUGUGGUCUACUUGCAGCCUACAAACGAGGUGCUUGAGCGGACGUUCGCAGACCCCAUGAGCCAUGAGUUCUCCAUUCGCAACGUCGUGCCGAGGCUGAUUUCCAGAUCGUUGUCGGUCGUCAUUGCGACGACCGUCGCUGCUAUGCUUCCGUUCUUCGGAGACAUCAACGCGAUGAUCGGAGCUUUUGGGUUCAUCCCUCUGGACUUCAUCUUGCCUUCGGUGUUCUUCAACUUGACAUUCAGGCCAUCGCGGCGAGGCCCAAUCUUCUGGGUGAACACCAUUCUCGCUGUUGUGUUCUCUGUGUUAGGGGUGAUAGCAGCAGUUGCAGCUGUUCGACAAAUUAGUCUGGAUGCAAAGAAUUAUAAAUUGUUCGCCAAUGUGUGAUCCUGAUCCCACUGGCUUACCAUCAUCAACACACAACCAGAGAGCCAUUGUUGUUAGCUCUAUAAAGAUUUAUAUGCUAUUUGCAAUUGAUUAUAUUUCAGCUUUCGCUCUCUUGGGGAGCCAAUUCUCCCAAAA